AUGUUCCGUGCAGCCUUACAAAACGUGGACUUGUUUUGGCUGAUUUUGUUUUAUUUUGUUUUUCUACCGGAGACUGGCUGUAGAUCAGCCGAUGUGGACAGCUGUCAUGAGGUGAAGACAGCCUACAUGAUGCGCCAAAUAGGCCCGGUGGAGCUGGUGCCAGACAGGCCGGGAACAGAUGAGUCUCUCCGAGUGUGUGAGCACCCUGGGCCCAGCUGCUGUACCAGCAAGAUGGAGGACAGCUACAUGGCGGCUGUUCGCAGUGAGACUCAGCAAAAGAUGCGAUCCUACAGCUUUGAACUGAAGUACCUGAUUGCUGGACACACCAAAGCCUACCAGGAGACCUUUGGGUCACUCGUGUCAUUCACAUCUAACCUGACCAGCACUCUGUUCGACAGUGCCUACUCUGCUCUGGCGUCCGACUGUCAGCCCUAUGUGUUUCAGCUGUUCAGCAACAUCAAACGCCACCUUUCUGGAGACUCUAAUUCCUCAUUGGAGAACAGUGUGCGUAGGUUCUACAAUGACCUUUUCCCGCUGGUCUACCGCCGCCUGCUCAACCCUGGUAUCGGCCACAUGUCACCCCAGUCCUUUCAUCCCCCCUCCACCAAUCACGACGAUUGCCUCCGGAUGACGCGGCAGGAUGUCAGCCCGUUCGGACCCCAUCCUCGCCUCCUGGUCAGCAGCUUGUCCCGUGCGCUCGGGGCGGGCCGAGCACUGAGCCGACUGCUGAAGCUGGCGGGAGAGGUUGUGAAUGCAACUGAGAAGGCAACGUUAUCCAGAGAGUGUGGGCGAGGCUUAGUGAGGAUGCAGUACUGUUCCCACUGCAGAGGCCUGACACUGAUACGGCCCUGUACCGGACUGUGUAUCAACAUUAUGAGAGGAUGUCUGGUGGGAGUAUCAGAGCUUGGCACCCCCUGGGGGAGUUUGGUGUUGUUGCUGCAACGGUUAGCUGCUACUUUAGCAACCAGCAGCAACCACAACAGCCUGGAGCUGGCUCUGUUAGCAGUCCGAAAUCAUGUGAAUGAUGCUAUACUGCACGCUCAGCUGCACGGGCCACGCAUUACAGCCACAGUAGAGAAGGUGUGUGGAUCCCAGGGAACUGGUCCCGUGAUGCCAAGUGCAAGUCCCACCACCUCGCAUAGUACAAUCUCUGUGAGUCCUGCUACAUCAGUAACCUCGGACAGGUCACCUGUGACAUUGCCUCCCGCAGUGGGUCAUCAGCAUCUGCAGCUGCAAUCCCGGAGGUCGGUCCUUAAAGGUUCCAGAGGAGACAAGAGUCGCAGCCUGAAAAAACUAUCAAGGGAGUUUGAGGGUUCUAUCCAGCGGUACCAGUGGUUUUUCUCUGAGCUGCCAGAGAUGCUUUGUGAAAGUGAGAUGGAGGUCGAGCAGCAUACAUGCUGGAGUGGCCAAGACGUUGUAGAGAGUUAUGCAGGUCGUGUGGUGGGCAGCAGUUUAAAAGCCCAAAGGGAGAACCCAGAGAUGACGGCCCGUAAUACAGAUCCUGUCCUGAAGGGGGCGAAACAGCGGCUGGAGCAGCUAACACAGGAGCUGUUAGUGGAGCUCGGCUGGGCAAGUAAAACCAGAGGAAAGUUGGAGGAAGAGGAGGGAGGGAGCGCGCAGACAGAGAGAGGCAGCGGAGAUGACUGUGAUGAUGAAGAUGGCUGUGAAGCAUCUGGUGAGGAGAACGGUGAUGAGACAAAUGAUAUGUCCAGUGGUCGCAGUCCAGCAGCAAAGGACAAGGCUCUUGUUCCUCCUCCUCGUCGCCCCAUUCCUCCUCAUCACCUCUCACCUCCAAAGGUGGCUGUUCAUGGCUCAGCGCACACGUUGUCCAUUGAAUCGCUACCAUUGACCCUGGUGGCCCUGCUGCUCCUACUACCAUGGGAACACAGCUGAGCAUCCAGAGAUGGUCCGUGAGACUUACAGAGGCAAAAAGACUGAGAGACCACCAUAUAUGCUUUGUGGUGAAGUUGAGUAUUUGGAGUUUUUGUAAGCACUCUGACUGUUUUUGUUUCGAGUUGCCCGGCGGGUGGGACGAGCUGUUGAUUCAUCACAGUUGCAAGUGCACAGUGUGCAUUUUUAUGUUGCCUGUACUGACCUCUACAUGUGUUUGUUUAUUUGUAUUUAACUCUGAUAGGAUAGGUUGCAAAGCACUACUGACUUUUUUGAAGAGAGAUGUAUAUACAAAUAUAUAUAUAUUAUAUAUUUAUAUAAAGAAUUUCUAUAGAUAACAAUGGCUUGAUGUGUAAAUAGAGAUUAAUAUAGAACAGAGCAGACUGACUUGAACAUGAAGGGAUGUUUGGUUUGGUUUGACCUUUACAUCAUGUAUCCCCUACAGAGAGUAAGAUCCUUGACAGCUAUAGUUCAGGCUGAAGGCAUUCACUGAAGCAGUAGUGAACUUAAAUUGACGGCACACUUGUUAGGACUUAUUAAUGUUGGAGAACUCUGCACAGAGAGCUAAACAUAGGCUGGUUUUCCUGAUAGGCCAAACAACCAAUUAUGUGAUAGUUUUACAGAUGGUGAUGCAGCGUAAUGAAGAAUUUGUGCCCUGUAAGCCUAGGCAGACUGAAGCCCUUCCAACACUUCCAAUGUUUUCUUUUUUCAUACAAGCUGUGUGAUUUUUUUGUAUUUUCAAAGCCAGCUGAGUUUUAACUGUGUAACACAAAAUGUUAAUUUGUCCAGAAAUGACUCUUUAACAGCAGAGAUCUCUCCCAAGAAAUAUGUGUGUAUUUUGUCAUUUCUAGGCAUAUAAUACAUUUUACGGCCUUGGUAGUUGUGGGAGAAGAUGUUUCUCUUCUCAAAGUGUACAGUGUGCAUAGGUGUAAUCAUGUAACCGCUUCUAUUUCAACUUCAGUUUCACUUGUAAGCUGCCAUAGCCAUCCUUGGCAGAAAGCUUAAAAAUUAGAAUAUCCUAAACAAUAAAAAGCACCUAAUAAAAGAAAAUACUAAUUAUGGACCACGUUUAAGAUCAAAACUGUCUGCCUGAACAAUGGAUUAUUUGACAUCUCAUUAUCAUAUCAUUUAUCAUAUCGCUGAACUGUCACAGUGAUUUCUAAGGCUGGCUGGUCUCCAAAUGUAUUAAUUAAAACUCCUGCAGUGAAAUAAUACAUAAGACAUUCAGCAAAAUACUAUAUAAGUAGAACUUGUCUAACUCUGAUACAUGUGUUAUCAGCUUGUCUCCGUAUCUAGUAAAGACAAGAGAUGGAGUAUCAAGAGAGUGAUCAGAGGACAGCUGAGGCCAGAUCCAAACGUGUUUCUUUUAAAUGUAAUUCAUAUUAAUUAGGAGUAUCAAGUCCUCCCGGCUCUCUGUUGAGUCUCAAACCCCCCAAACUACACACAACAGCAGGACAGACAACUGGAAUACUGAUUAAAUAAAUUCAAAAGCUGAAUGACACUGUGUGCACUUCUGUCAGUGGGUGACUUGACUUUCUUCUAAGAUCUAUCAUCAUUUUGUCUCACAUAGGUGUUGAAAAUUUCCUUCAUCACCUGAGACAGUUUAUUUAUGAAGGAAUGUCAGUGACAGAUGAGACAACUGAAGCAAUACCAUUUAGAGCCUUAGUGUGUGAGUUAUCUGGGCAGUGAGCCCAAAUACCAUGUUCGCUAGCGGGAUGCUUUACAACAUAAUCUUUUAAACAAAUUUAAGCAUUUUACCCAAAUGAGAUAAGAUGAUUUUGGAUUCAAGCCAGCCCCUCCGUCUUUCACAGCCCUUGCUAAGCAACCUACAUAAACAAACCACCAACACACACCAAUGCAAAUUUUCCCAAACGUUUCCCAACAUGGGAUAAGACCAUGGUGUAUUUCAAAUUAAAUCAUCUGGAAAGUGAAGAUGAAAUUGCUAAUAUGAUGUUACAAGUCAUUCUGUGGAUGCUGACCUUCAUCUGUGAGGUACAAACUCCCAUCUGUGAAUUGCAAGUUGAAAUGUUGACAAAUCUCUGUAGUGAAUGAAGUGUGAAUCUUGUUAGUGCAUUUUUAUAUGAAAUAGAGCAAUGUUAUAUCAAGCCUAAAAAUGACAUCCUUUUGUUCCUCUCGUGCUGUUUUCAUAGUGGUUCUCAGCAUGUGUGUUGAGGCACACUGGUGUGCCAUGGUGUGACCUGUACUGUGUCAUUGUUAUAAAAUUAUUAAAUGUUCUUUAUCAAGGCUUAACAGAUCUUUGUGUUUAGAAAUUCUAAUUUUGUUGUAGUAAUGAAGCAGUAUGCAUGAACACCAGGAUGCAAAAAGCAGCCACUUAGCGACAGUACUAUGGUUUUUUUUUCAUCACACUGAACACCACUGCUAAUUUUAUACACUAAAACAGUGACUCUCAUGUGAAACGUAUAUAAACCUAAUGUAAUACACGGUGUCCUGCUGCUCUGUUGUGUCAUUAAUCUUCAUCUUAACA